AUGCCCCAUCUCAACAGCACCAUCUUCAGGCCUUCAGUGCUGACUCUAACUGGGAUUCCUGGCUUGGAGUCUGUGCAGUUCUGGAUUGGGAUUCCUUUCUGUAUCAUGUACAUCAUCGCACUUUUGGGGAAUUCUCUGCUCCUAGUUGUCAUCAAAGUUGAGCGAAGCCUCCAUGAGCCCAUGUACCUCUUCCUAGCAAUGCUUGGGGUAACAGACAUUGCUCUCAGUACUUGCAUCUUACCAAAAAUGUUAGGAAUAUUCUGGUUUCACCUUCCAACCAUAUACUUUGAUGCCUGCCUCUUACAGAUGUGGCUGAUUCACACAUUCCAGGGUAUUGAAUCAGGCAUCUUGUUUGCCAUGGCAUUGGACCGUUAUGUGGCAAUCUGUGAUCCUCUAAGACAUGCAUCCAUCUUUACCCAGCGACUCCUCACUCAAAUAGGAGUAGGAGUCACACUCAGAGCAGCCCUGUUUGUAGCUCCAUGUCUCAUUCUCAUCAAAUGCAGGUUGAAAUUCUACUGGACCACUGUUGUUUCUCAUUCAUACUGUGAGCACAUGGCCAUUGUGAAGCUGGCAGCAGAAGAUGUUCAUGUCAACAAGAUCUAUGGUCUGUUUGUGGCCUUCAGUAUACUUGGGCUGGACAUAAUUUUCAUCACACUCUCUUACAUUAGAAUAUUUAUAACUGUCUUCAAGCUCCCUCAAAAGGAAGCAAGACUCAAAGCCUUUAACACAUGCGUUGCCCACAUUUGUGUCUUCUUGGAGUUUUACCUUCUGGCCUUCUUCUCCUUCUUUACACAUAGGUUUGGCUACCAUGUUCCACCCUACAUUCACAUUCUUCUGUCCAACCUUUACUUACUUGUCCCACCUUUGCUUAAUCCUAUUGUUUAUGGUGUGAAGACCAAACAGAUUCGAGAUCAAGUGUCCAAAAUUUUGUAUUGUAAUUAUUCUCAUUGA